UAUAUAUUUCACUACACAUCUCAUUGUAAAUCACCCGCAUUGAUUAACAAAGAUCAUCAAAUCAGAAUCAUCCUCAAACUGUUCAACAAUUUCGUCUCCCAUUACCAAAUUUCUCCAUUAAAACCAAAAAUGAGAAUCCCAAAUCUCACCAAAGCCUUUAUUUUGUUAAUGGCAAUAACUCUGAUGUCAACCCAAUCCAACGGCCUAAUCCCUUACGGUAGAUCCUUAUGGGACGUGAUGCUUGCUGAAGACCCAUUCAAAAUCCUGGAACAAACCCCAGUGACCGUCCCCAAAGGAUCAGAACCCGUCGCUUUAGCUCGAGCUGACUGGAAAGAAACCCCACGGUACCAUGCCAUUACCCUGGACAUCCCAGGGAUGAAAAAAGAGGAUUUGAAGAUCGAGGUUGAAGAGAACAGAGUGUUAAGGAUCAGUGGUGAAAGGAAAGAAGAAGCAGAAAUUGAAGGAGAGAAAUGGCAUAGAGCUGAAAGGACGAAUGGGAAGUUUUGGAGGCAGUUCAGGUUGCCUGCGAAUGUGGAUAUGGAUCGCAUCAAAGCUCAUAUGGAAGAUGGGGUUUUGAGGAUCAGUGUGCCUAAAAUUGUAGAUGAAAAUAAGAAGCAGGCUAAGGUGAUUGACAUUGUUCAGUCGGGUGGUACUGGUGAAGAUAUCAAGGCAACCUCCCAGGGUCAUCAUUAGAUAUUUGAUUGAUCUACCAGGUUUUUGAUGGAUUGAUUUCGGGUUUUCAUCGUUUCGCCUACUUAUGUAAUAAUAAGUUGAUGUUUGUGUGUUUGGUUGAAGUAUGAUGGAAUGGUGAUGCUUAAUUUCAAUAUUAUUAAUAUAUUAGUAUUAAGUA